UCAUACAGCUAUCAUUAUUGCUGCUUUUGAAAAUCGUAUCCCAAAUUUUAUUUUAUCAUUAUUUUUUUUGCGCUUCAAUUCAAGCUUCUACGCACUCAUGUUGCUCACACUCAAAACUCCAGCUCCCGACAAUUUGAACCGUUUCUAUGACGCUUCUCCGCUGCCACCGAAUUCCGCUCCCCAUUUUCCUCCUCCGGUGACUGGUGCUUAUUUGCCUCUACCGUCUUCGAGAGCUUCACGGACGAUGAGCACGCCUCAUCGAGGGCUCCCGCCGCCGGCGGCGAUGGCGCUCUCCAGUACAGACCGAGGGCCUCCACCACCGCCUCCUCCUCCUCCUCCUCCUCCCCCGCCACCACCCCCAUCACAACAGCAACAACAACCACCGCCACCAGCUCAUACUGUUGCUCCUCCCCCUCCACCUGUUGCAAUUGCUCAAACUCUGGGUCCACCCCUAGGUCAACUGCCGUCUCCGCCGGCCCAAUGGCAAGGCGCUGAGGAUGCGAUGCGAAAUUGGCUUAAUGCAAAAGCCGAAGAGGACAAACGAAAACAGGAGGAGGAGAGGACGAGGCAAGAAAGUUUGAAGCUUGAGCAGCGAAAGAUUGAACAAAACAUGCUUCGAGAAUCUCUCCAAGGCGGCGUACCGCCGUACAUGGUACCCAUGGUAUUUGCUGGAAUGGGGGGCGGAAACCUUCCAAACACAAGCCUGGAAUGGGCUCAGCAUUUCAUGGGUCAGCUUCAUCUUCAACAGCAGCACCAGCAUCAACAUCAGCAAAUAGCACCACAGGUAUCGCAGCAGGUUCCGCUUCAGCUUCCUGCACCUCCGCAGAUUGCCCAAGCUACACAGCAGCAACCUCUUCCGCCACCAGCAUCUUCACCGCCCGACUUGAGACGGGACAGCCGACAACCACCGCCAAACCCUUAUGCUGCGGUCCCACCGCCGGUAAUGGGAUCUGUACAACAACCGCCGAUACUGACAUCCCAGCAGCCACCUCUACCUCAACAAUCGGCGAGUUUCACAUCUGGUUAUUCUCUUCCGAGCGCCAUGUCUCCAGCAGCACGCCCGCGUGGGCCGCAAACGCCCAUUCAGGCUCCCUUGACUCUACCUCCAGCACCACGACCGCCAGCUCAGUCAACAUUACCGCGGCUCAAUACCAGUGAAAUGCAAAUACAAGCUCCGCCAGGAGUUCAAUUCGGUGCUACCGGCCAGCAAAUGCAACAGCAACAGCAACAGACUCCUCAAUCUGCACACCCUGGUAUUGCACAGCGGGAGCAGCCGCAGCAGCCGCAGCAACAAUCUUCUCCAUCCAUUUACUUUCAUCAUUGGGUUCCGCCAAGUAGUCAAGGGGCUGGACCCGCUGGAGGCCAAUCUCCAACUCCUUCUGGUUAGUAGACUGAAAAGGUUUCCAUUGACGGCCGUGUUUUUUUGUUCAAUUUCUAAUAUCUUUUGAUAUUUGUUUUUCCUUUGCAGGCGUAGAAUAUAGCAAUUCGCCAAAGAAGCGCAAAGCGCAAGGGUCCCAUCAGGCACCUCCACCGC